AUGGACUCAUCGGAUUCGGACAGCGACGGCUUUUUCAGCGAUAUUCGCCAGCUACGGCGACAGUUCGGGCUAUCCAGCGCACAGACACCAAAAUUGCCACCAACAGCUGGAGCCUGUGCUGCGCAAAAGCUAGCUGCUGAGCACAAGGGUCUAUCACAAAGAGCACCGACUGAGCAGCAGGCGCCAGUCGAGCCAGAACAGACACCCGCAUCCCACAGCCGCACAGGGCCAACUAGCACCACUCCGCUUCUAUCGCCAUCUCAGCGUAAGCAGCCGAAAACCACAACCCCCUCACGGAUCCCACCAAGGACUCCGCAGUCGCGCGUUGCCAGCCCAUACACCCCACGCAGGUCGACCCAGGUGACACCGGCCAGAAAGCCUUUGGCAGGCGUACCAACGCCGACCAUUGAGAACAGCUCCAAGCGCACUGACAAAGGCAAAGGGACGCCAGUGACGCCAACAGCCUUCCAGCUAUUUGGCGGUCGGCUAGAAGACGGGACGCCAAAGAGCUUUCAGACCAUGCAGUCGCUGUGGGGCCGAGACGACACAGCAGACCCCCUGCUCGCACGAUCAGCUGCUCCACAAAAGACUCCGGCAGGUUCUUCGCGAACAGCUGUCCAUAGCCCAUGGCCCACGCCAACUGCUGGGCGGGGAGGUUUGCAUACUCUUGAGUUUGGCAGCCCCGUGCCAAGAAGGCCACAAGACAGCAGUCCUGGCGGUCUCCUGGGCAGCGUCGAAGAGGCGUUAGUAACAGAUGCCGAUAUCGAUCUGGCAAAGCGCAAGCUGGGCGAGGAGCAGGCAAUUACGCAGCAGCAGAUUCUGAGAGAGAUUCGCGAGCGACUGCUGGGGUUCUCCAAUUCAUCCCCAGAUGCUCUUGGUUCGUCAGUGACUGUGGUCCCGGGAUCGGUGACACUGCUGUGCCAGUUCUAUACGCUCGGGCACGGCCGGCUGGCAUACUCAGAUGAGGGAAUUUUGUGGGCUGGGUCAACACUGGGAAAGAUUGCGACGGUCGCACAGAGCAAUGGCGGUGGGAUUGCAUCGAACAGCGAGAAGGCUGUGCUGUUGUUCCCUUGGCAGCGAGUGACAGGGCUGAGGAGGAAAACGGUUGACGGGCAAGAGCUCGUCUUGAUGACUGUGGACGAUGAUCUGGGGAUUGCUUUCCAGGGGAGCGAGGGGUGGGAGAGCAGGCCUGCAGAAGAGCUGGUGAAACAAAUGAACAAGGCGUUGGAGAAGACGCAGGCGCAGCAAAGAAGUAGCAGCAAGCAGGCCCUGGUUGGGCCGGAGCACCGGGUGUCUGGAGGCAUGGAUGCUGAGGCUCAGAUCAUAGGUGAUCUGCUGGCUCUGUCGCAACAGAUCAGCGGCCCGGAACUCGGCGAGCAGAACAUCAGCAUGGCACUCCGGUGA